AUGACUCAACUUCCUUCUGUCUCUGAACUUAUGAAUUCAGCAAAGUUGUUUAAUCCUCCAAGUAAUGCUGGUAAUAGUAAGAUAAGCGGCUCAACGGUUUCACCAAUAGGUAGUAAUAGGAAUAGCAUUGUUACCGUAAAUACUUCAGUUGCAGGCUUACAUUUGAAUCAGCACUCGUCGGCUCCAUUGAGCAGCAGUGCUCAACUGACAAAAAUGCCAUUCUUGUCCUCGCUAGUCAAUAAUUAUACAAGUAGCGCUACUAAUAUUAUCGAUACAAGGUCACCAAAUCAAACAACGGUUCUACCGCGGAUCUCCUCGUAUGAAACACCUAUGAACGAAUUCAGACCGCCUCCUCGUCGUUUGACUGAUUCUUCAAUUUACCCCAAUAUUCAAGAAUCAUCAACGUCUACGUUCUACUCAUUACCACCACCACCACCCCCGCAACAACAACAUGAAAGUGUGGAUGUAAAUAGCGACAUUGUGAGAAUGCACCAACCUCAUCAGGCAAGCAAUUCUGCAGUACAGGCAAGUAAUUCUGCAGUGCAGGCAAUGUCGUCGGUUCCUAAUCUUCCAACUUUGCUCCACCACCAGCAGCACGGGUCACAUUUUCAUCACGAGAAUCACAGCACGAUACCGCAUACUCCUCAAUCACCAAUAUAUGCGCACGUAGCCGAAUAUCCUAGGCGGUCGCCAACAACACAUAUCGUGCCACCAGUUGCUACAUUUACAUCUCAAAGUUCACACAUUGCAGCAGUCCACUCAGCAAAUUCAACAUUUGAUUAUUCGCAUCCUCCAGAAGGGUACUAUGCAUUGCACGAAGACCCAUACGUACGCGAUGUCAAGCCCCAGUUUGUUGCGGUCUCCUCCAUUGGGUCGGUUGCGUCUUCUUCUGCAAAUCCUGCUUCAUCAGGUGGUUACUACAUUGUUCAUGGCCCUCCUUUAAAUUCAGUAUCUCAGUAUCCCCAAUACGUUACUCAUCCUUUAGAUCAUCGUUAUAGUGGACCUCCACUACCGCCAGGCCAACAUUACGAUGCAUCGUACCCUUACACACUCUCGGAAGCAAUUUAUAUCGAAGAAAACGAUCCAUUUAUGAGCAAACGCAAGACAAUUAAGAAGAGAACAAGAACAGGAUGCUUGACAUGUCGAAAAAGACGAAUCAAGUGCGAUGAAAGAAAACCUUCAUGCUUCAAUUGCGAACGAAGCAAGAAGGUUUGUUUAGGAUAUGAAGAUUUAUCAAACUUACAGCCGAGGAGGAGGACAAGAGACACUAGUUUGGAUCUCCCCAUAGGAAAUGGUCACAUGGAGCACGAACAACGAAUGAUUAGAAAUGGAAGGCAUUAUGGGAACGAACAUGAAGCUCAAGGAUAUCGUAAUGGAAGUAGUCAUUACGGAGAACAACAACAACAGCAGCAGCAACAACAACAACAACAGCAACAACAACAACAACAACAACAACAGCAACAACAACAACAGCAGCAGCAACAGCAACAACAACAACAGCAGCAGCAGCAGCAACAACUACAAAAUCAUCCAUAUAUCAAUGGCACACCGCAGUAUCAAAUUCCGAAUAAUUCGGCUGUAGGAAAUAACCAGAAUGGGAUGAUUUCGCCCACUAGGUAUAUGCCACAGCUGGCACCUGAGGGUCAAAUUCAUCAGAGCGUUAGAGAUAGCAGGUACGAUUUUACAAGUAUUGCUCCUACUCAAAGUAAUGCUCAUCAAAUGAUGUCUAAUCAACAUGAUCCACAUCCACUUAAUCGCAACGUAGUGGCGUCGUUAUCUUCAUUCCAACCAAUGGUCAAUAAUAACAGAGAAAUCGUUCACCAACUCCACAACCACCCUCCUCCUCUUCCCCCAUCCAUGGCCGAAUCUGCUACACACCGACAUCAGACUGAGGAACCAACAACUAGAAAUAUGCCUAAUUAA